CUGAUGGUUUAGAUCUGGUGAAGAAAACAUAGAUAUAUCAGCAGACAGAGUUCGUGCGGUGCCCGGAGGAACCGCUGGGUACUGAGACUCCGAACUCAGUUUAUAAGAAAUAUGAAGCCUUCAUUCGCUGUGGAUGUUGGAGUGCUGGUGUUGGCUCAGGUCUCGGGGGGUCUGUGAGGCUGGACUGGCUGAAGCCUGGGUGUCCUCUAUCAACCUUUAAAACCUGCAGACCAACAACAUCAAGAUGGGAAAUAUAUCAACCAACACAACCGUGCCCAAAGCAACACCAGGGGAUGACCCCUCAUCUAUCCCCAGUCCUGCCAUGUCCAUUGAUAAACUGUUCCCUGCCCUUCUUGAAUGCUUUGGGAUCAUACUGUGUGGAUAUGCUGCUGGCCGUAUGAACAUCAUCACAUCCACACAAGCCAAAGGCCUGGGGAACUUUGUGUCCAAGUUUGCCCUACCAGCGCUGCUGUUCAAGAACAUGGUGCUGCUGGACUUUCAUAACGUCAUCUGGCCAUUUCUCUGGAGCAUCCUGGUGGCCAAGCUGUGUGUGUUCUUCAUAGUGUGUGUGCUAACUCUGUUGGUGACCAACAAGGAGAGCAGAUUCUCCAAAGCAGGACUUUACUCCAUAUUUGCUACUCAAAGUAAUGACUUUGCACUUGGAUACCCUAUAGUUGAAGCUCUAUACAGAAACAACCAUCCAGAGUACAUGCAGUACAUCUACUUGGUAGCUCCAGUUUCCCUUAUGGUACUAAAUCCCAUUGGUUUUGCCUUCUGUGAGGUCCAGAAGAGACGGAGUGAACAAGGGCCGCAACAAAGUAAGCUUCAUGUGGUCGGGGUGGUGUUGCUGCAGGUUCUUCGAAACCCCAUCGUGUUCAUGGUGGUGGUCGGGAUUGCCUCACACUUCAUACUGGGCCAGAAGAUUCCAGGGUUCAUGGAGGAGUUUGUGGACGGCUUGGCCAACUCUUUUGGGGGAGCGGCUCUGUUUUAUCUGGGUCUGACCAUGGUGGGUCAACUGAGGAAGCUGACCAGGUCCACUGUGGUUGCUCUGAUAUUACUCAUUACUGCUAAACUUCUAGUGAUGCCACUGAUUUGUAGAGGCAUGGUGGAGGUUUUGGACACUGGAAAUAUCAGCUCUCUAAACCACAGCAGUCUAUCAAACUACGCUUUCCUGUAUGGAGUCUUUCCCACUGCUCCCAGUGUGGCCAUUUACGCUGCUCACUACAAUAUGGAACUGCAGGUGGUGACCUCAGGGAUGGUCAUCAGCACCUUCCUGUCUGCUCCCAUCAUGUAUGUCUCUGCCUGGCUGCUGACUAUCCCCUGGAUGGAUCCAAAACCACUAGCAUCUGCACUGCAGAAUAUUAGCUUUAACAUCAGUAUCGUCAGCCUGUUUGCACUGGUGUGGUGUGUUGCUGUCAAUAUAAUGAGUAAAAAAAUCCACAGGCUUCCUCAUAUGUUUACGUUUAACCUGUUUAUGGCACAGCUGGGAGUGUGUGUAGGUAUGAUUGCCUGGAACUUUGUGGUAGUAAAGGACAACUUCCUGGGUCAGGUGCUGACCUUUACUCUGCUCUAUGGCUCCCUCUACAGUACCUACAUAUGGCCAGGGUUGAUAGUCCUGUCCCUGUACCUGCUGAGGAGGGACGAGGAGCUGAAGGUGCAGCCUGGAUUUAUAAUGAUUGUUGGCUGGGGGCUGCCAGUGUUGGCAAUGAGCAUCCUCCUCAUGGUGGGAGAAAAGAUGCCAGAUACUAUAGAUUCAGCUUUCUUCUUUGGCACAUCACAGAUAGUGUGCACAUCCUUAGUGCUAUGUGUAGGUAUAGGUCUAGCAGGCAUCUCUCUCAUGCUGCUGAGCAGAGGAACCCAGGACUAUCAAGCCCUUGCGCAGGAGCCAAUUACCACAGAGGUCCUGAUAGCAGAGAACACAGUACAGACCCGAUGCACUAUAGAACAGCCUUCCAUAGAGGACAUCAGGACAGACUGUCAGAAUUGUGACUGCAGUUGUGCGCCUGUUCAGUCCGUUCCAAAUAUGGUUAUCAACGGCAGUGUGAAUGACUCUGCAUCCAUACAGACAGGUCAGUGUGGGAGCUGCUGUGACUCUUCUCAGUGUUUGCUGGUGGAGGAGGAACAGAAGUGGCAGAGUACAGACAGGCAGGUGGCCAGACACGUGCUGCUCUGCCUCCUACUUACUGUCAGUCUCCUUGCUAAUCUCUCCAGCUGCCUCUGGUGGCUCCUCAGCACAGUUCCAGGAAGACUCUACUUAGAGCUCCAGUUCUUCUGUGCUGUAGUCAACUUUGGACAGGGUUUCUUAUGCUUUGGGAUAUUUGGCCUUGACAAACAUUUCAUUAUUCUACCAUUUAAAAAGAGGUUAGCCAAUCUGAGGCGGGCACAUGGUCGGGAGGCAGCAGGCCAAGCAGAUGUGUCUGACGAGAUUAGACUGACCUGCAAUCAGUUUCUUAAAUACCACAAAGAACAGUGUGUACAAGACAUUGUCCAUAAAAAGAAGUGUGGGAAGCGAAGUGUAGCGGAGACCUUUCUGGGCAGUGAAAUGGUACAGUGGCUGCAGACUGUUGGACUGGCCAGUGACCAGGGGGAGGCGCUAUUGUACGGGUCACGUCUGUUGGAGGGUGGAGUCAUCCACCAUAUUACUCAUGAUUUUGGAUUCCUGGAUGACAUCCUGCACUACCGUUUCACAUAAAAUGCAACUAAUCUCUAAAGGUUUUAUUUGCAUUAAGCCAAUGUGCAAGUUCAGGUUCUGAGUUCCAUGGGCAGAACACCUGAUCCUAACCUGCUAUGUUCUAGUGGCUUGAGAGUAGGUUUCACUGGGUUUACAGUGUUUUUUUUUGGAAAUAAAACCUCCUAACUUAUGAAGUAUUGAAUGAAAAAGGGAUGGAAAGAUUAACUCUGCUGCUUACACAAACUAAACGAUGCACUGCAUGCCUUAUCCCAACAUGCACAGCACUACUGUGCUCUGAAUAUUUCACAUGUAAAUACAGAAAGUUGAAGCUACAAGAGCUUCAAAUAUGAAUGAGGGUAAUGAGCACUUAGCAUACAAGAUAUGUUACAAGAAUGCACUUAAAAGUCAUGCAGGAACAGGUACUCCUUCCUCCAUGGCCUGAACACUCCUCAUACAGAGUGGUGCAGCAUGUCCUAGGUGGUGUCGCAGGCACACAGCUGAAUGUAAAACUCAUGGUGUUCAUCCAGGUCAGCUCAAAUACAUUCUGUGUCUUUAUAUAGUCUCUUAUAUAGGAAUUCACAAGGUUGGUCAUUUCAUAAUAUUAAUAAUUCUGUUAAUAAGUUCAUACUUGUUAAUGGAUAGGUAACCUAUUGGCUAUAUUAACAGGCUAAUAUACUUUUAUAAAUAUUUGCUUGGAACAAAUAAUAAAAUAUGCUUCUGUUUGCAUCACUGAUUUCCUUUCAUCAGAUCAAAAUGUUUGUGCCUAUACAGAGUCUACCUGUGUUUCUUAACCCUGGCCCUGGACGUACCCUGCCCUGUACAUUUUAGUGCUUUUCCUGUUCCAACACACUUGAUUUACUCAUUAGCAUGCCAUUUCAGAAUUGCAGGGAGUCCACUAAAAUGCAAACCUGCACUAACUCUGCAAGGCAGAGUUGUGAAACACUGGAGUCUACCAUAUACAUCCAUCAUAAAAAAAGCUAUUCAGAGGGAAAUGUCAGUUUGCAAUUGUAUUUGAUAAGAAGAUAAUGGUUAUCAGAAACAAAUGUUUGAAAAAAAUAGUCUGAUCAUAGCAAUAUUUCAAAAUCUACACCUGUAUAUGUAAUGUGUAACACAGUUGUAACGUCUGGUGUCAUGGUGCAAUUUGUACGAUGCCAAAUAAUUACAAUAAUAAGGUCCUGCUACCAGUGGCCCUACCUUUUCUGAAUGCACACACUGUGCCCUUUUCCAGUAGGAAAAUGCUCAUCUGCAUGCUGCUGCUGUCACAAGAGCUAGCCUCAGAUGCAGCCACAUCACCAGACCAGAUCGCUGACUGAAAAUGUGUGUGGGAUGCUUUUGAAUGUGCUAUCAACACACCAACCAUACAGCAACAUCUGCAGGAACUUUGUGAGAAUAUUUAAGAUACUUUAUUACAUUAUGGAUUAUUGCAGGACACCAUUAGGAACCUCUACAAUUCCAUGCCAGGAUGUCUUGCGUUACACCUGUGGUAAACACUUCUUCUGUAUGUGUAACUCAAAAUGUAACUUAAAUAUUGCCCACAACAAUCUAAAUGUUUAAUCAUUUAUUGUUCCUGGCACCUUUAACUUUCCUUCUGAACAGCAUUGUAAGCUGACAUUUCCUCCUUUGGUGCAGCUAAUUUUUGAUGAUUGUAUAUGUAAAUAAAGCUUGUUUAAAAUUUGAUUUAUAAAUGUGCUUCUGAAGCCAUUUAUAAAUGUCUAUGCAAAAAAAUAUAUGCAUAUAAAAAGCAAAGAAGAAAUGUUAGAAGAAUAACUCUAUGCACAACAACAUUUAAGCAACUGUGAUGCACUGUAUGUGAUCUUAGUAUGUGAUCCAACCUGUUACCCUAUAAUGUACUAAUUCUUUAAGCUAAGGGCGGAAAUCUGUUUAGAAGAUUUUCAUGUUGUUGCUGUCAUGCAAAAAACUUGUAUCUUCAUAAAGGCAGGGAAAAAAUUCUAAACUUUCAGUGGAAGUCAAUAUGAAAUUAUAUUAUUUAAAUCAAGAUUAUAAAUCAUAUAAAAGCAUUUAUGUUUCUCAUUCACCAUGACCUUUUACCUCAAUGUAAAGAUUAACUGCCAGAUUCAAACUUUUGUAAAAUGGUGAAAACUGACAAAAAUGGUGAUGCAAGGUUUUUUGUAAGACUGCAAUGAUUUAAAUUAACCAAAAUAAAUAAAACUGAUUCCCAGCCUUAGCUGAGCUCAGGCAGCACGUCAGAGCCUCAGACGGUCAGGUAGUCUGACACUAACACUGUGUAACUCCAGCUUAUGUUGAAAUGCUCUCUGUGAGAAACUUAUUUGCAAAGAGAUUUAUUUUUUUGUUACUUUAUUUUAUUCAUCAUAGCAUACCGUUUAAUCUUUUUUUUUUUACAUUGUUACAUUUGCCAUGACAACUGUUCAGUAAAUAAACUAUUUCUUUAAGUGCUCUUCUAUUA